UCAUGGAAAAAAAAAUUCGGAAAAAUUACCAGAGAGGAUUGAUCAAAACAAUGUAGUUUUAUAAAAUAUCAGGAGAAUUGAAAGGGAAUCUAUAGAACUACUAGGGAAUAGGAUAUAUUAUCUUGCUGUCAUGGAAGAGGACAGGAAAUUCGAUGUGGCCAUCGUGGGAGGAGGAGUUGUAGGUUGUUCAGUUCUUCACGAGUUCACUUCUCUAGGACUUCGAUGUGUUCUUUGCGAAAAAGAAGAGAAUCUUGUCAGUGGCGCUAGCUCGGGAAACAGUGGAACUCUUCACACGGGAUUUGAUGCGCCACUCGGUAGUUUAGAGUUACGAUGCCUUCAAUCAGCGAGAGAAUUGAACGAAAGCUUUUUCUCGAAGCACAACAUCCCUUACAGGAAAUCUGGGGGCUUUAUUGUGGCAUGGAACGAAGAAGAUCUGGAGAAAUUGCCGAAAAUUGUGGCUAUUUCUCACAAAGCAGGAGUUUCGGACGUAAGGCAGAUAACAGCUGAAGAACUUCUUGAGAACGAAGCGUACUUAAAUAGUAAUGCUCUUGGUGCUGUACAUGUGCCUGGAGAGAGCAUUGUGGAUCCAUGGAGAAUUCCCGUUACGUUGGCCAGCUUAGCUCUGGCACAGAACGCAACUAUUCUAACCAACUGUCACGUGAUUGACGGGAAAAGGCAAGGGAGGGAUUGGCAGCUGUCAACAUCUAAAGGUCCAAUCAUGGCUUCAGUUGUAGUCAAAAUUUUGACAUGGAAGUCUUUACUUUGCACAUGCUGUAAUGAAAUGGAAGGCAAAGUUGAAUGGAAAAUAAAUAAUUAAUUUCUGAAAAAGGCUUCUUU